AUGGAUCUAGCAAGUGGGGCCCUAACGGCUGCAGCCGCUGUCGCAGCAGGAGCAUAUCUGAAUGCUAAACUAACAAUUGGAACGGAUUUGACGCGAUUGAGGCACGAUAAAACAUGGACGAAGAGACUUCUGAGCCGCAUAGCGGAGAUGGGAGAUACUUGCUCGACAUACGCUAUGUUUGAUAAAGUAAAUGAGGGCAUUGAAUUCCUCUGGUUUGAAGGCCGAACAUGGACAUAUGGAGAGAUGAAGCGAGAAACCCAGAAGCUUGCUGCUUUCUUGGAAUCCGCCGGCGUCAAGAAAGGCGAUUAUGUCGGUGUGUUUAUGGCCAAUUCGCCUGAGAUGGUGAUAACCAUAUUGGCUCUUUCCAAACUAGGGGCAAUUGGCGCCUUAAUAAACACAUCUCUGAGAGAUGCAACGUUAAGACACUGCUUAGAUGUGUCGACAGCGAAUAUCAUGAUUUCAACCCCGAAUCUUGCAGAAUUCGUGCAAGAUCCUAUACAGCACUUCUCGCUGAGCAUUGGUUCUUAUCCCUCAGAAUUCAGUGCUCAGACAGGAAGUGCCACGUAUGUUGAUCUUACGUCUUUGCCAAUUCCGCAGGUCAUUGCGCCGACCGCGAAGGCUACAAUUGAAGAGCUUGCUGUGCUCGUAUAUACGUCAGGAACAACAGGAAAGCCAAAAGCAUGCGCGAUUCGAAAUCAUCAAAUGUUUGUAGCGUCGAAUCCUCUUACCCAGGAUCUUGACAACGUGAAAAAGUACUUCCCACUACGCACCUACUCGCCUCUGCCUCUGUUUCAUGGCACAGCGCUCUUCACCGCGUUUUGCUACAACAUUGGCACCUCAUCCACAAUCUGCCUGGCUCGCAAGUUUUCCACUUCCCGGUUCUGGAAGGAUGUUACCGAAUCUAGAGCAACUCGUAUUUUAUAUGUUGGCGAGCUCUGUCGCUAUCUCGUUCACUCCCCACCUACGCCAUAUGACCGCGCCCACAAAUGUAUCGUUGCUGCCGGAAACGGCCUUCGAGCGGAAAUCUGGGACGCUUUCAAGGAAAAGUUUGGAGUGGACGAGAUUCGAGAGUUCUACCGCUCAACUGAGGGUCUUGCGAAGUACGACAACUUUAACUAUGGAGCCUGGGGAGGAGGCAAGGUUGGAUUUGCGGGACCUUUACGGCGGUAUCUCGAGAAUGAUACUAUAAUUGUACUGAGCGACCCCGCGACUGAGAAACCUUAUCGAGAUCCCAAAACUGGUUUCUGCAUUAGAGCUAAACUUGGUGAGGUGGGAGAAGCAAUUGGAAGAGUAAAGAAUCGUGGUCUACUUACAGAAUAUUUGAAUAAUUCCCCAGCAACAGAAGAAAAGAUCAUGAGAGAUGUGUUCGAGAAGGGAGAUUGCUUCCAGAGUACAGGCGACCUGGUGAUACAGGACGAGUCUGGAUGGGUCCGUUUUCAUGACCGCAUGGGUGACACCUUUCGCUGGAAAGGAGAAAAUGUCAGCGCUGGUGAGGUACGAGAACACCUUGCGAAGCUUGACGGCGUUAUUGAUGCUGUAGUGUAUGGGGUAAAGCUACCAAGCUAUGACGGACAAGCUGGUGCGGCAGCCAUCACAUUAGAUGGAACGUCAGAAGCCGUAUUCAUGAACAACUUGUAUGCUGGACUUAAGAAGACGGGACUACCAUCCUACGCCAUGCCUCGUCUUGUGCGAAUAACUCCAGAAAUUGAAGCAAACGCAACCUUCAAGAAGUCCAAGGGAGACCUCGUAAAGAAGACGUGGGUUUCGGAAGAUAAAUCGAAUAGCCAGGAUAAACUCUAUUGGCUUAAUGGAACCUCAUACGAGAAGCUAGAUGCUGCGAGUUGGGCGAGAAUCGAAAUAGGAAAAGCAAAACUAUAA